CACACGACACAACAAAGCACAGCCUCUCUCUCUCACAUAAUCACAUGUAGUCAUGUACCAACUUGGUCAAAAGUCACUUCUUUUUAUACAACUCAAAACUCUCCUCACAUCUUGAUCUCUUUUCUCUCAGACACACACACACACACACACCUUCUUCAUCAUGGGAAGGUCUCCAUGUUGCGAGAAAGCCCACACAAACAAAGGAGCUUGGACCAAAGAAGAAGACCAACGUCUCAUCGAUUACAUCCGUAAUCACGGCGAAGGUUGCUGGCGUUCACUCCCUAAAUCCGCAGGAUUGUUACGGUGUGGUAAGAGUUGUAGAUUGAGAUGGAUUAAUUACCUUCGUCCGGAUCUCAAACGUGGAAAUUUUUCUGAUGAAGAAGACCAAGUCAUCAUCAAGCUACAUAGCUUACUCGGCAACAAAUGGUCAUUGAUCGCUGGAAGAUUACCAGGAAGAACAGAUAAUGAAAUAAAAAAUUAUUGGAACACUCAUAUUAAGAGGAAGCUUCUCAGCCACGGAAUCGACCCCCAAACUCAUCGUCCGGUUAAAGAUAACGUCGCCGUGACUGAUGCAAAAACGGCGUCGUCACGAUUAACAACCACUGUUAUUGUUUCACCUCAAAACGACACCGUUGAAUACGCUUUUAUAGUCAAACCGAAGACGGAAAAUUCCUCCGAUAACGGCGCGUCCACAAGCAGCACGACAACGGACGAGGAUCUCCGACAAAACGGAGAUAGUUAUUACAGAGAUCAUUCAGGAGAUAUGGAGCUGAAUCUUGACCUAACUCUCGGGUCCGGGUCCGGGUCGACUUCUUGGGUCGGGUCUAAGCCGUGGCGGGAUACGGCGAUGGCGGCGCGUUUGUCACUCUAGUAAGAAUUACGAAACGGCAAAAAUCUCCCAAAAAUGGGUAUUUUUUUAGAUUUGUCUUCUUGUGUGGGUCCUUUUUGAAUAUCUAUAGACAUUGUUUUACUUCAGUUCUUGGCAUUUUGUUUUGAUUCUGUUACAUACUAUUAUUACCUCUUGAAGUAAACAAUAUUACAAUAGUCAUUUUGAUA